AUGCAUGCUAAAUCUUUCUUUUUGGCAUUGUUGUUCUUGACAAGCUGGUGUGACGCCAGGAAGUAUACUUUUUACAACAAAGAAAGAAGUGUUUACCAGGGAUGCUUGGAUAGUUUACGGGCGUAUACAUUUUCUGAUGAUGGUCCUGCAACAAGAUCGAGAUCUACGAAUUGUAACCCAAACAAAGAUAGGUUUUUGUCUUGGGUCAUCUGCAAUUUUGAUCAUCAGAGUCCUAAAGACCUAGACAAAGGUUUAGAAAGAAUUGUCAGCACUUGUAAAAGGUCUAAACCGCCCUAUAGACACACGGUGAAAGGUUUGCACGAGCUUUAUGAAAAAUCUCACUCAUCUGCAAUAGAUAUCGAUUCCGAUCCUUCAUUCAAUCCACAUGUGAAUCUAACAACGCCGGUCAUUCCACCAAGAAAAAGAGUAAAUUUGUUAAUAAGAGCCUACUAUAGCAGGGGAAAAUCACAAAGCCACGCCAGAUUAUACGGCGGGGCAAUAUUUAUUUACUUUGCUGGAUGUAUGCUGAUCGGUGGUAUUGUUACUUGGUCGAGAAUUUUAUUCCCAUCGGUAGUCCAAAGAUUUGUAGGCCCGAAGAUCAAUGCAUUUAGAAGAAUGUUCACAAUUCCACCUCUGAACAAGAGACACACUGCAAACUUGAGUUGGAAGAAUUGGAUCAUUGGACUUGUGCCAACUAGAGCACAGACAUAUGUGCUGUUUGGAUAUUUCGCCUUAAAUAUCAUUUUGAGUUGUAUUGACUACGAUAUAUUCCCAAAUAAUUCUUACAACACAAGAGCGAAGCACCAAGUGGCUACCCAAACGGCAAACCUGGUCCAAUAUAGGACUGGAGUCAUCUCCACCAUUCAUACACCGGUUGUCUUUUUGUUAUCUGGAAGAAACAAUUUGCUGCUAUAUCUAACCGGAUGGCCAUACGAGACGUUCUUGGUGUAUCACAAAUGGAUUGCUAGGGGCAUGUGGAUACAUGCGUUAGUUCAUGCUGCAGCUUACACCUGGCUUGAAAUCGAUGACCUUUCACGCAUGUGGCAGCGGCAAUACUGGUACUGGGGCUCCAUUUCCGUUAUAGUUGGCGGCCUCAUGCUGUUCCAGGCCGCUUCUUACUUCCGAGUCAAAUGGUAUGAGAUAUUCAAAACCAUCCACUUCCUAUUUUCAGCCUUGUAUAUUGCAGGUUUGUGGUACCAUCUAAGAAUCUUCAAUGGGUUGUGGAUGGAGUAUGUGUACGCUGCUAUUGGCCUAUGGUGCGGUGAUCAUUUCUUGAGGAUAUGCAGAGUGUUGUGGUUUGGUGUUUUCAAACGAGCAGAGUGUCAAUUAUUCGAAGAAGACGGCACAAUAAAGAUCAAAAUCCCAAAAACCUCAUACUGGAAACCAUUCCCGGGCGCCUUCGUUUAUAUAUACUUCCUCAGGCCAUACGGAUUCUGGCAGUCCCAUCCCUUCACCAUCCUGUUUCACGACAAAGAUGCCAACGAUGACAACAUCUACAUCUACAUGAAGGCAAAAGAAGGACUCACAAAGUCAUUGGCCAAAAGUCUAGCCAAAACUUGUGAAAAGAAAAUGAGCAUCCGUGUUUUCGUGGAAGGGCCCUAUGGAUUUGAGGCCCCAUUGACCAAAUACAAAAACCGUCUUAUCAUUACAGGCGGUAACGGUAUGCCAACAGGGUACUCUAACUACUGCGCCCUAACAAGAUCCAUCACUCCAAGCUCUCCAGAAACGGUCAAGUGGGUCUGGAUUAUCAGAGACCAAGAACCGUUAAAAUGGUUCAGAAAGGAACUCCUCAGAGUACAAGACAGACUUGGUGAAAUUGAUGUAUACAUUACCCGAUUGGAUUCCAAAGAUCACGUCAUCCCAGUCUCUUCAAACGAACUCGCAGACUCCUCCGACCAGGAAAACGUAUCCUCUGAUAAGAAGGUGAUAGUCUCUUCUAACGAAACCACUCAAGAAAACUCAUCUGACACUGACACGACUGACACUGCUGACACAUUAUGUCUAUUCAAAGAACUAAAACAUGUUAAUAUCUACUAUGGAAGACCAGAUAUUCAGACCCUGCUCAUUUCGGAGAUACAAAACAACUCCAACAACUCAACCGCCAUUCUCAGCUGCGGUCCUCCUAAAAUGAACGACGAAAUAAGAACUACCAUUGCCAAAAAUCUUGACAUGUCAUCAUCCAGAAUAGACUACUUUGAGGAGGCGCAGGUUUGGUCAUAA